AUCUUAAGAUAACAUGAUUCGGAAGUGCCAUGCUUUGAACGAUCGAUAUACUAAAGAAAGAAAAUAAGAAAUAGAAUAAACAUCUUUUGGAUAAUUAUGAACUUAUUUGCAAAGGAAAUCUGUCCCUAAUUCCAAAAAAGGUACGGACCCAUACAUCGCCGUAUUUUAAACGUGAAAGUUAAACAUCUACAAGUGGAAGCGCUUGCUUGACCUGGAUAUUAACGGAUUAUUUAUUUAGCCCUUUUGAACCGCUUCUACAUUUUUCAAAACGAUAUCUAUAUCAAAAUAACAGACAUGGGUGUGCCAGGACUCACUGAAGUGAUGGAAGUAAUUAAUGAUGUUCACCGCAAAUAUGCAGAUCCGCGUACCAAGGACUGGUUCAUGCUGUUCAGUAACCCUGUGCCAGUCUGGUUGCUCACUGCCGCCUACCUGGGCUUUGUGAUGUGGUUGGGGCCUCGCUUGAUGCGUGACCGCAAACCCUUCUCCCUGCAGACUUUCAUGGUUGUGUACAACAUCGGCCUUGUCAUCAUGUCAGUGUACAUGUUUGUAGAGUUACUGUUGAGUACUUCUGCUGCCGGCUAUAAAUGGCUCUGUUCUCCAUACAAUGAAAAUACUUGGAAGAACCCUCUUGAACAAAGGGUGGCAAAUAUACUAUGGUACUAUACCAUCUCCAAGGCCAUAGAGCUUCUGGACACAGUGCUUAUGAUUAUGCGCAAGAAAGACAGCCAGGUGACCUUUCUGCAUUUGUUCCAUCACUCCACAAUGCUCAACAUCUGGUGGUGGGUCCAGACCUUUAUCCCUGGGGGCCAAUCCUGGUUUAGUGCCUGUCUCAACUGUCUGGUGCACGUAGUGAUGUACUUGUACUACGGUCUUGCUGUCAUACCUGCACUGCGGGACAAACUUUGGUGGAAGAAAUACAUCACCACUUUUCAGUUGGUUCAGUUUGUGAUCACGUUGUCCCAUACUGUGUACACGUACAUGUCAGGCUGUGACUUCCCCCUGUGGGGUCAGUACAUGCUCAUGGGAUACAUGGUGCUCAUGCUGGUCCUCUUCGGCAACUUCUAUGUUCAGUCCUACAUCAAGAAGAAGAGCCAUUGUCAGCACAGGAAAAAGACUGAUAGCCUUUCCACAAGAUAUGCAAAUGGCAGCGAACAUGUAGCAAAUGGUAGUAAUGGACAUAUAAAUGGCAAUUUGAAAGAUCAUCCCCAUGUCAAUGGUGCCAUUAAAAGAAAUUAAUGAUUCCACGAUUAGGAUAUAAAAUUAUUUUAGAGAACAAAGGCAUUUCUUUUCUCAUUUUCAUAAUGCCAAAAAUUGUUGUAAAUAUUUUUACAUCAAUCUGUUGCUUAUGUUACCAUGAAAACCUCACACUUUAUCAGUAAAGGCAUAAGAAAAUAGUGUCUUGUGAUGUGUGAUUUCAUGUUAUCAUAUUCUAUACUUUUUCCAUGUUAAACUUUCAUUACAAAUAAAGUUGGCCUACAUAUAUAGAAUAUAUUUUGAGCAUUUUCAUUAGCUACAUGUUUUUAACUGACAUUAUUUUAAACAAAUGGCAUCAUCUCGGUACACAACUGCCAAUAUUCACAAACAAUUGGAAAUUAAAAGAAGAACGCAUUGUUUUAUUUAAACACAUGACAUGUUUUAUUUAAGGAGACCAGAAAGUGUGUAAUAACACUUUCUUACUACUGACAUUUCUGUACUUAAGGAAUUAGAUCUGGUAUGAAAUGACGUCUUGCGUCAGAUCCUGUACUCAGUCGAACAUCGUUAUCUUAAAGUCAAUGGGAAUGCACAAACAUCUGUAAUAUAAAAGUAGUUGUAAAAUUUACAUAAGGUAACUGUUUGUCACCAUAUAUAAUACUAAUAUCAUUAAAAUAAAGAUGAUAUUGGUCCCUAAUUAUUCAAUGUUCGUUCUUUGAAUAACAUUGAUACAUAUUCACUUAUUUGGAUUUCAGCACAAAUAAAGCAUACCUUCACAUCAAACAUAUGAAUCAUUGCAAAAUGAUAUCAUGUGUAAUAACAAAAGAUAAAUAAAUGUAUGUCUUUUUAUUUGGAGAUCUGCAAGUUGCACAGCUUUUCUAUUGAAGUGAAGUUCCACAUCAUGUCCAUACUUCCACGUAUGUCAUCAUUUUUUUUAACUAAAUUAUAAUAAAUUUUACAAUUGAAGAGCGUGCAAUCCUGAUCAGUGACUUACAUAUAGAAUGUUGGUGAUACUGUUUGUAGUGUGUUCACAACUUGAACAAAAGGCCAUCAUAGAAAUUUAGCAGUGAACAUGUCACUUCAAGAUAAACAAUAAGUAUGGGCAAAAAACGUUCGAUGAAUAAAAAGUCAGUUCCGUUUAUCAAAUAAUGAUGUGUAAAGUCUGAAGCUAUUAUAAUAAAAUAAGAAGAGCGACAGUCAGGAAUUGUUCUCCACCAUGUAACCAUUUAAUUUGCACAUGGAAAGUUGUGAAUAUAUAUAUAUAUACAUAAUAUAAUUUGGGUUUUAAUUUGACUUGCUUGGUGUUCUUAUUCUGAGGCAUGUUCAAACUUUAUAUAUCAUUAAUCAUUUUGUUCUUAGAAUUUUCUGUUGGAUAUUUGUAAUAAUACAUAUCUUUUUAAUAUACAAUUGGAUGUAUUUAUUUCUCAUGUAUUUUGUACGCAAAAUGUUAAAUUAUAACUUAAUUUUCCUUUAAUACAGUUUCCUUAAAUACAGUUGCUGAGGAAACGUGUGUAUUAAUUGUGCCUUUUGCACUCUAUUUGGUUAAUAAACUUUAAUCUACUU